AUGUUUUGGUCUAAAAGGCCCGAUGUCUUGAAUUAGCCUCGUUCAUUUGAGGGAAAUUUUAGGAGUGAGAGAACAUUAGAAGAGUUAGAAUAAUUUCCAUCUAACUUCAUAAAGACAUCACGGUAAGAGAUUAUAUUAGAGUUAUGUAGAUAUAAUUUAGUAACUUUCUUGCCAAAAUCAUUACUUUUGUAGUUUACUCGAUAUGCUAACAUUUAUUUCUUGUGCAUUGCAAUAAUCCAGUGUAUUCCAGUAUUAUCAACUCUGAAUCCGUUCAGUGCAAUAGCUCCGUUAGUAUUUGUGUUAGGAUUAUCAAUGGGGAGAGAAGGUAAGAAUGAAAACUAAUAUGAAAGGUUGGGAGGAUUAUGGGAGACACGUAUCGGAUAAUGAAGUGAAUGCGACAGAAUGUGUGAUAAUGAAGUCUCGCGUAAUGACAAUGUAAAAUAGAAAUUAAUACGACAUAGAUCUACAUGGGCUCAACUAGCAGUGGGAGAUUUCGUAUUGGUGAAAUAGGAUGAGAGUUUUCCAGCAGAUCUGAUAGUUUUGGGAAGUUCUAUUGAGAGUGGUGCAUGCUAUAUAGAAACAUCGUCGUUGGAUGGGGAGAAGAAUUUGAAGCCAAAGAGUGCAAUUUUGGAGAGCUAAUAGCUAUACCGCGAUAAGAGUAAUUAUGCAGAGGAGAAAGUAAAGGUGGAUGCACAAGUUCCCACUUAGAAUCUAUAUGAAUUGGAUGCGUCCUUAUAUUUAAGUGUGGGAAAUGGUUAGCAAAAGAAAUUUUAAUUAACAGCUAAACAACUAUUACUCAGAGGCGCAUUUCUUAGAAAUACUGAAUGGGUGAUUGGACUAGUAGUUUAUACAGGUUAGGAUACUAAGAUUAUGAGGAAUGCUGAUGCAUCAAGAAUUAAAACAAGUGAAAUUGAGAGAAUUAUGAAUAUUUUGAUUUUGGGAAUAUUGGUAGUUCAAAUCUCAUUAUCAAUCAUCACAGCCUCCUUUUCUUCUGCUUGGCUGCAUAAAUAUGGCAGUGACAGUUGGUAUUUGGGUUAUGGUGAUUUCUAACCUAAUUUGCUAAGCUUUUAUGCUUUUUUCAGUUACAUUUUAUUAUAUAAUACUAUGAUCCCAAUCUCAUUGAUAGUCAGUCUGGAAUUCGUAAAGGUGUUUUAAGCAUACUUUAUUGAAUAGGAUGAAGAGAUGUAUGUCUAAUAAAGAGACAAGUUUGCCAAAGUGCAAACCACCACUAUAAACGAGGAACUCGGAUAAAUAGAGUACAUUUUUUCUGACAAAACUGGCACUCUUACUUGUAAUCAGAUGGAAUUCAAGUAUUGUAUAAUAGGAAACACAUUAUAUGGACAGGAACAACAACACACAAACAUUCCAGUAUAAAAUGUAGAUCUAAAAAGACAGCAAACCGCUAAAGUACAUCCUGCAACUGAUGUUUUCCAACAUUCGGUGUUUAAUUUCCAAGAUCUUGAAUUAAGUGCCAUUCUUAAAGGAGAAGGGUCUUCCGGAGAAUAACCAGUCAAUUUGGUAGUAUAGUCAUUAGAUGGAAAACAAUAAGUCAAAAUUUCAAAGUAGAGAAAUCUAAUUGAAGAAUACUUUUUCUUAUUAUCAUCAGCUCAUGAAUGUAUAGUUCAGUAUGACAAAAAUUAAAAUGCUACCUAUUAAGGACCAUCUCCAGAUGAAAUUACCUUGGUAGAUGCAGCUGCUAGGAUGGGUUUUCAAUUCACUGGUGCUUCUGCUAGUGAAUAAAAGUUUAUAAUUUUGGGAAAGGAUAAAAAAGUUAAAUUAUUAAAAUCCUUUGAAUUUGAUUCAGCACGUAAGCGAAUGAGUGUCAUUAUUGAUGACAAUGGAGUUAUCAAAUUAUUUAUUAAAGGAGCUGAUAAUAUUAUUAAGGGAAGACUAUCUCCAAAUUAAAUGUUUCUUAAUCAAAUUAUAAACUAUUUGGACGAUUUCAGUAAAAUUGGUUUAAGAUGCUUAUUAAUGGGCAUAAGAAUAUUAUCAAAUGACGAAUACAGAGAAUUCGACAACGCCUACAACAAUUUGCCAGACAACGACACCAGAGCAGAAGAACUAGGUAUACAAAAUAUAUUGAAACCUAGAAAAAUUGACCAACAAUUUAGAAUAAAACUUAACUCUUCUCGGAGCAUCUGCUGUGGAAGAUAAGUUAUAACCAUUGGUUCCAGAGACAAUCGCUGAUUUGUUGAAAGCUAAUAUAAAAGUGUGGAUGUUGACUGGUGAUAAGUUGGAAACAGCAGAAAACAUAGCUAAAAGUUGUCGUUUAAUCUAAGGUGACUUCACUGUCAUGAGGUUGUCGGAAUCAAGUGUUGAUGAUUGCAAAAGAAAGAUUGGAGACAUUCAAGAAACAUAUGAACAUUGUAUUAAAGAGAAUAGAAAAAAAGUAUUUAACUGCAUUCUUACCUUUAGUCAUUCGUUGUAGAAGGGUCAUCCCUAUAAUUUGUAAUUGAUAAUGAGGAAUUAGCCUAAGCAUUUGUGAGUAUGGCUAAGGAUUGUGAAAGCGUUGUUUGUUGUAGAGUCACUCCGAAAUAGAAGGCUGAUGUGGUAAGAUUAAUUAAAGAUCGACUCAACAAAAUUACUUUAGCAAUUGGUGAUGGUGCUAAUGAUGUGAAUAUGAUCCAAGCUGCUCAUAUCGGAGUAGGAUUGUAUGGAAACGAAGGAAUGAGGGCUGUUCAAAGUAGUGAUUUUGCUUUGGGAGAAUUUAGAUGUCUAUGGAGAUUGUUGUUGGUUCAUGGCCAUUGGAAUUACAUUCGAAUUGCAGAGAUGGUUUUAUACUUCUUUUACAAAAACAUGAUCUUCACUGUUCCAUAGUUUUUCUUUUCCUAUUUUUGUGCAUUCUCUGGACAAUCAUUUUUCGAUGACUGGUACAUUACCUUCUAUAAUUUAAUAUUCACUGCACUUCCACUUAUUAUGAGAGGUACUUUUGAUCAGGACAUCAAUUACAGACAACACAUUUAAUUUGAUGAGAAGGAGGAAGUUGCAUCUGUUUAAAAAAAGUUUGAAGAUUACCUUAAAGUUAAAUUUCCAAGUCUUUACUUUAUCGGAUAAAGUAAAAGUAUUUUUACCAUUCCAAACUAUACAUUAUGGGCAUUUAAUGGUUUAGUACACGGUAUGAUAAUCUUCUUUUUCAUACUUUGGAUUUUAGAUUAUGAGAUUGUUGAAGACAAUGGAUUUCCUGGAGGAUUGGCAGCAUUUUCAUUGACUGUGUAUUCUAGCAUUAUUUUGGUAUUAAAUUUCAUUCAUAUUUAAGAUUGCCGACUUGAAAAUAGCUAUCCAUACCAAAUAUUGGACUUGGUUUAAUUUUAUUUGCAUAACUUUCCUAUCUGUAUUACUCUACAUCAUCUACGUUAUCAUAUCAUAAUUUUGGCCAGGAACUUUGAUGGAAUACACUCCAUUUACUAUGGUUGGUACUCCUCAUUUCUGGUUGUCUAUAAUUCUUAUUGGAGGCAUCAUAGGUGGAAUGGAGGCUAUCAUAGCUCAACUAUAGAGAGAAUUCUUUACUGAUCCUGCCACAGAAAUGUUAUACAAAGUGAAUGAUUUUGGAUAAAAUCAGUUGAAACUCAUUGAAUUAAAAGAAAAGAAUCAAAGGUAGUUUUAGGAUUCUUUUUGGGAACCUCUCUAUAAGUAAUAACAAUAAUAAUAGCAAAACGAAGAAGUAAUUAAAUUUAGCUAAUCAUAGCAUGCUGAAUGA